GGCUGGCGCUCACAUUCCCAGCUGGAUUACUUGGGAGAACACUUGAGAAACAUCUCCAGCUCAGGGUCAUUGAGCAAGCAAGAUUCCCAACCAUGGACAGUGUGGCAAAUUGGCUGGUGGAGAACAGGGACAAGAUCGAGAAAGGGGUGGACAUCAUGGGUCAAGCCGCGGAGGUGCUGGCCGCCACCGUGGGUCAGAUCCACCCCAUCCUGGAGGCCGUAUUUAUGGCCUCGGCGGAGAUCCUCAACAACCCCGAGAGCAAAGAGGCCAUCUACCUGACUAAGAAGAUAGAAGAGGUCAACGAGAAGGUGUUGGGCAUCCAGAAUGAGAUUGAUAAAAUUGCUCUGGAGCUGCAGAGGACGUCCAUGAACAAGCAGAACUUUGACCGUGAGGCUCAGAUGCUCGGCCAGUACGAAAAGUUCCAGGAGUUUCUCAACGCCAAGCCAGACUGGAAAGUGAAAAAGAAGGAGAAGUUCCUCAAGUAUUACGAGAACACAGACGGCGACUUGAACUUGGACGCUCUCUACAACGCCGUCAUGGGAGAGAACACCUCAGGCGAUCCCAUGCUGGACACGGUGGUUGCCACAGAGCAGAGGAGCAGGAGGGCGGUGGAGGAAUUCUGCGCUUCGCUGAAGAAGCUUUUCGUCGUCGGCCUCAUCGCCAUCAUGGGCUACGCCGCCCUCAAGGAGGGCGCGGUGGAGAUGGACUUGAUGACCAAGUGGCAGACACGAAUGGAGGCGGUGGAGAAAAGGAUGAAAACCGCAGUGGAUCAUUGCACAGAGACCUUUAUGGACCAGGCCAAAAUGGACCUGGAGAAACAGCUGGAGGGGAACCCCGGCACAGUCAAUGAAGACUUCACCCGAGCACUGCUGGACUCCCUCGUGAAGAAGUACGACUGGGUCAAGUGGUCGGUCCGAGCCUUCAACAGCAAGGAGCGCAUCUUCUUCUACAACUGGCUGGCAGGGAAGAAGUCCCACGGCAGCGGCGGCGCCAGCUGGUUUGACAUGACCACCAGCAACAAGAUCAAAGUGGUGGUGUCCUUUUGCGUGGACCCUCAGCCCAUCGACAAGAUCCAGAUCAGGGAGCAGAUCGAGAAGCAAAAACUUAAGGGAAACAUGAUGGCGGUGGCGCUGACUCUGAACAAAUGCUUCCCCAACUGCCUGGUGCACGCCGUCAGCCACUACAAGGAGGUGGUGGAGUCCAACAACUUCAGCGUGGAGACCUACUACUAUGGCAAACACAAACCAGCCUUCUUGUGCAUCCACCCGCAGUAGGCGGAGUAGACAGCAUCGUCUCAGUAAAGAUCUUUAAUGGAUUCCUGCUAAUGUGGAGUAAUGAGAUCUGCCUGGACUCUGUGUAACUUCACUCUUGUUAAUACAGUGGGACACGCUUAAGUUGACAACACUUAUUUGUCAUCAGCCGUUGAGGAAAAUGGGGGAAAAAAAUCAUUCGUUAUUACUUGGGAUAGGUAACAAAUUCAGUAGUUUUAUAGGUGCCAACCGAAUUCCGUCGGUACUACCAGGUACCGAUUCGCUUAAAUCAGAAUGUACCAUAUUUUAAUACCUUUGUUGAAUGUGAUGUCGUGUUCGGUUGCAAACUCAGCACCAGCUCCAGCACUUGGCAGGGAAAUAAGCAGUUAAGCGCUCAGAGCGGACUCAGACGGACAAAUUCUACAUGAUAGUACAAUUUUUCCUGCUAGCAAAGCCAAAAGAAGGCACUUGACAGUACAUCAAGGCUCCACUUUUAAACAUGCGCUAGCUCAAUGCUAGUUUACAUGGGAUAUGCCAUAUGCAUGCUACUGAUUAGCAUAAGCAAUUUUACAUGGCAAUGUCAACACCUCCUAAUGUUUUCAAUCAAAACUACAACUAAAUGCACGUAACAAUCAAACAGGUGUUUCACAUUUAUUAGCCCAUAAUCUCACAAACCGGCCUACCUGUGCAUCCACCCGAGAAGACCGCAUGGUCUCAGUAAAGAUCUUUAAUGGAUUCCUGCUAAUGUCGAGUAAUGAGAUCUGUAACUUCACUCUUGUUAAUACAGUGGGACACGCUUAAGUUGACAACACUUAUUUGUCAACAGCCCGCAAUAUGCACAAACAAAAAGGUUCAAAAAGCCUUUAUAUUUACUUGGACAGGUACCAAAUUCAGUACUUUUAUCAGUACCAACCUAAUUCCGUCAGUACUACCAGAUACCGAUUCACGUCUAAAAUCAAACGGUACCAUAUUUUGAUAACUUUGUCGUGUUAAGAUUCUGCCAAAUUGCCUCUCAGUAAAUGUGACCAUUUUUCCUGCCAACAAAGCAAGAAAGAAGGCGCUUGAAAGUACAGUGAGGGUCCACUUUUGAAAAGGUGCUAGCUCAAUGCUACUUUACAUUGGAUAUGCCAUAUUCCUGUUACUUAUUAGCAUGAGCAGGUUUGUCAUUAAAAAAAAAAAAAAAAAUCAAAAUCACAACCAAGAUGCACGUAAUAAUCAAACAACUUGUGUGGGAUAAGUACAAUACUUACAGUAUAAAAACUUUGUAGGACUCAACACAAGACAAGACUGGCACAUUCAACUUAAUAGCAAAGACUACUUCCUGACUAUGACAAGACACAGUAGUCUAUACACUGCAUCUACUAAUUAAUAUAUAUAUAUAUAUAUAUAUAUAUAUAUAUAUAUAUAU